UGUUAGCAUGUGAGCUAACUCCACUACUUUCACUUUCUGACGGACGGCAGUAAACCCGCUGCAUGAUGAGAGGGCUUCCUGGAAAUCGAAACUAAUAUCUGCCUCAGUCGUCUUCGCCCUUCGUAAGACCGCAGAUGUAGAUAUUUAACACUCUUUUUCUGCUUAUAUUGAUAACUUUUAACCGUUAAGAUUUAGCCGUUUAAACGCGUUAUUCCGCCAGCUAGCUUUAGCGGCUAACCGCUAGCAUGGAAGGAAGCAUGAAGAGCAACGAGGAAAAAGGAGCAGAGAAACUAAUGGAUGAUUAUCUGAAGUCUAUCGGUCUGCAUCGGAAGAAAAUCGCCAAGGACGGGUCGUGUUUGUUUCGGGCUGUCGCCGAGCAGGUGCUUCAUUGCCAAAGUCUUCACACUAAAGUCCGGGCGAAGUGUGUUGAGUUCCUGAAGGAAAACAGAGAGAGUUACGAGGCCUUCAUUGAAGGAGACUUUGAGGAAUACCUCUUCAAGAUUCAGGACCCACAGCAAUGGGUGGGCGAGGUGGAGAUCAACGCUCUGGCUGUCAUGUACAAGAGGGAUUUUCUGAUCUUCCAGGAGCCGGGCAAACAGGCGGUGAACAUCACAGACAACAACUUCAAGGACAAGAGUCCUUGA